GCAUUGAAUUGGCUUGCAUUUAGAUUUUGGUGCUCAAUGAAAGCUGAUGUAGCGAACCUAUCCACUUUUCCCUACAAAGCCUUCAUUGAUUAAUCGAAUUCAUCCGAAUGGCCGCUGGUAUCAUCACUUGCCGGGAUUUUACCAUUUGUAGUUGUUCUAGUCUUGUAUAGAGAGAGAGAGAGAGAGAGAGAGAGAGGGAGAGCCCUUUGGCUUCCAAGUAUUCUCCACAGACAGCUUCCACCAACCAAGAACAACUCUGUCCUGUAAAACGGACACAAAGAUGAAGAAGCAAAGUCCAGUUGGUGAAAGGAAAAGAGAAGCGUAUUAGUAGUAGUAGUACUUAAGUGCCUGCAACCGAUUAACGUCGUGCCUGCCUUCAGAAAAAAGAAAAAGAAAGGAAAAAAGGAAAAAAAUCAGAAAUGGCAGAGGGAGGAUAGAGAUAAGCAGACAAAAACAGGGAAAAGGUCCACCAAGCCAGCCGGCAGUAGUAGUUGCCAAGACUAAGAGAGGAGGCGAAGGGCUCUAGUGGUCGUCGUAGUAGUAAUAAUAGUACGACUAUGAUGGCGCUGGCUGUGGAGGAGACUGAUGAGGCAUCAUUUCAUCACGCCGAUGACCGAUUUCCCAGUAACCAACCCAAUAACAUCCGAACAAGUAUUCGGACCAUCCCCUUUUUCUCGCUCCACGUGUCCCACCCCCUUCCUUCAUUCAUUUUACCGACGCCGUCACCCACCUCCCCUUCCAACUCGUUCUUUUCCGUCAACCGAUAAAAUCCCAAAACACUUAAAAAAAAAAAAAAAAGAAGCCCAAUUUGCGUGCUUGCAAUUUUUUUGCUUCCCCCGUUCCCGGUCAUCUUUUCCUGCAAUUUUUAACCUACUCCUACAUCCGUUGCAAAGUCGUCAGCCUUAAAAUAACGCCCCCCCCUCCCCGGUCAUUAAUUUCCGCCGGUCAACCUCUCUCUAAAACCUACAAUAAGCCCUAAAUAACCAAACCCCCUCUUUCUCCUUUCCCUCUCUCUCUCUCGCACAGUCACGCACUUGUUCCCCUCCCUCUGACUCCUUCGCCCACACACACACACACACACACUCUCUCUCUCUCUCCCUCUAGAUCGCUGCGAGAUUUCGACCCCCGGCAUGGAAGACGACGAAGAAACUCAGUCACAUCCAUCGGGAGGUACCGGAUCUCCGGUGUCACCGCGUCCCAACGGCAGGAUAACGGUGACGGUGGCUGCUGUUCCGCCUUCUCAGAACACGCUAACUCUGGCGUUACCCAUACAACAUCAUCAGCAGCAGACGAGGCCUACUGGAAAUAGUGGAGGUGGUGGGAGGGAGGAUUGCUGGAGCGAAGGGGCCACCGGGGUGCUAAUUGACGCCUGGGGAGAAAGGUAUCUAGAGCUCAGCCGGGGGAAUCUUAAGCAGAAGCACUGGAAGGAUGUCGCCGAUAUCGUCAGCAGCCGCGAAGACUACACCAAAGCCCCUAAAACUGAUAUUCAGUGUAAGAACCGGAUUGAUACCGUCAAGAAGAAGUACAAGCUGGAGAAGGCCAAGAUCGCCGCCGGUGGUGGCCCCAGUAAGUGGCCCUUCUUUGAGAGGCUUGAUCAGCUUAUUGGACCUUCUGCUAAGCUUAACUCCUCCGUACUGGCUUCCGGGGGUGGCGCGGGGGCAGGGCCGUCCUACUCCGGAAGCCAAAGGGUAGUUCCUAUGGGAAUCCCGAUGGGAGUUAGAUCAGCUCCUCAGCUGAGGCAGCAGCAAGAGAAAUUUCCACAACAGCACCUUCAGAAGCAGAAGCAGCAGUUCCGGAAACGGCCUCCCCCUCCUCCUGCGGUGGAUUCGGAUGAGGAGUCCGAGCCCGAUGGUUCGCCUGACUCGGCUGAUGAUUUUCCACCUGCAACGUACGAAAGGAAGAGGCCGAGGAAUCAGCGGGAGCCGAUGAAUUUGGGAGGAGGAGUAAAGCCUGCUGGGCCUGGAACGAACAGGGGGAGAGAGGGAGGUGCAGAUAAAGCAAGUGUUGUUGUGGGGAAGAAUUGGGGGAAUUCAGUGAGGGAGCUGACUCGAGCUAUACUUAAAUUUGGGGAAGCUUACGAGCAAGCUGAGAGCUCGAAGCUGCAGCAGCUGGUGGACAUGGAAAAGCAGAGGAUGAAGUUUGCCAAAGAGCUGGAAUUGCAGAGAAUGCAGUUCUUCAUGAAAACGCAAUUGGAGCUCUCACAGCUCAAGACCAGUAGUAGUAGGAGAGUUGGGAACAAUAACCACCACCAUCACAGCAGUAAUAACAUCAAUGCCACCACCCACACUAACAACCACCAUAGUGAUAGCAGUAACUAGAAGAAUAUAUAACUUAGAUUUACUCAAGUUAGAUUGGGUUGAAUCUCCGGGUGAAGCACCCAUGUUGUUGAAUAGAAAUUUGUGUCUGUAUCAAGGCAAUUGCUAGUUUCCAUCCUCAUUUCUUUCUUUCCUCUGUGUAACCAGUUUCAAGAAUUCACUCUAUGAUACAGCACAAUGCUCCAUUACACAAGUUAUUAAAUGCCCAACUGAAGAUUCAUCAAUCGCUUUUCUUUCCUGCAUUUGCCAGCUCAAAAAAAAUGCAUUUCGUGUUUCUGAACGGUCAUUGCAAUGAACAUAUGGGGUAAAUUAGAAAAAACAUUCUGUCGAUCUUUUCUUUUAACAUAUGAGAGAUUAGCCUUCUUAGCAACUAGUUCAAUCAUGCCAGAUGUAUACAGUUAGGAAGGCCGCCUCCGGUAACAUUUGCAAGUUCAUCUAACCUGGGACUAGAACUACUCAUUGCAACAGAUGGGCUUUUAUCCAGUACAUACCUUUCUUCCCUGCUAGGGGAAGCUAUUCAUAUCCGUGACUCUCACAUUCUUCAACUCGAGUACUAGUUGUACAACCUCUGCGAGCGCAUCUUAGAAGUCCAUAGUUUCUUCCCAAAGCAAUGGUUCAGCAGUCCUCAUUUCGAUGGAAAAGCUUUUUACUAAAAUGGUUCAGCAGUCCUCUGCGAGCACAUCUUAGAAGCGAGUAUCCCGGCAGCUCCUUGACCAUGCUCAAUCAUCUAUUGAAACUCGGACUCAUCAGAAGAAGCUUUGCAAAGGGAGCAGCUCCGGCGGCAAUGAGGGUCACUCGUCAUGCUGGCAGCAUCAAAAGAUGAUCUUGAUUCAGAAACAUCAAUGAAAAAUUAAUUCUUUCAGGGCAUCCAUCUUUUUUCCUUCUCUAUCUCAGGAAGCCUCUGCUUCAAACUUUUAUUGAGAUCAUCUUGCGAUAAACUAUGAAGCUUCUUUCAACAAGUUUGGAACAAUAUUCCACGACCUCCACUCAUUUCAUAUGAGGAAGUUGGCCCCUUUGUUGAUUUAAUUGUGUGAUAAAAUAGCUACAGCUUUUAAAGAGGUACAUCAGCUCAAUAGAGGAAGUUAAAUCAAGCAGAGGCAAGAACAA